UCUGAGUUGGAAGAAAACUCCUAUAGCUGUUUCUGUCAGAAAUCACUGCGGAUGUGUUUGGUACCUGUGCUGAUAUUUCUGCAGUUUGUGGCUCCCCACUAAAGGAUGUGCCUGUGCAGGCAUCCCCCACCACAGCUCACCUGAGGGAACACCUUGAUGGGAGGAUCCCAUUUAUGAUUUACUUUUGGACACAAAAGGGACAGCUCUCUGUAUAUCUAUUAAACUGAUUUAUCGUCUGUGUGUCAGUGACAUCAGCCCACUGAUCAGAACAAGAGAUGCAUUUUCAUCAGUUCUGUAUUAGAAUGAGAGAUGCGUGCUUUACAGGCAGCUCAAGCACAAUCAUAAAAGUAGGGUUUAUCAUAAGUUAUAUGUCAGUAAUAGAAAUUCCUCUCCUGUGAUUAUUGGUCCUUUUUGCCAGCCUGAGCUCACAGGACACUUGCAGAUCCCCUGAUGUAUUGCAGGAUGGAGACCUGCCAGAGAUCUGAAGGAAAUCAAAUCCUGCAAGCUUUGCCAGUUCUCUCCUUUGCUGCAUGUGUGCUGCGGAGCACGAACAAUUCCUUCCAGACUGUUUAUGCUGGACCUUGCCCUGUCUCAUCACCAGUGCAGCUGUGUGGCCACAGUCCCUCCUUUCUCCCUGGCUCUGGGUUCUGAAUACACAGAUGCUUUGCUAAAGCCUCUUGGAGAGGUGAUGUGCAUGUGCUGUGUUCAGUUUGGCUGCUUCCAAAGGCUCUUGAGGAAGAUCAGCUAUGGCCUAGGGGAGAACUGUGCAUUAUGAGAAAUUCAGGAGUGAUUUGCUCAGCUCUAAAUGCAGGUUGUUUCCAAUUAGGUUAAUGAAGAACAUUGCUCUCAUGUCCAGAGUCACUCGGUCUGUACAGGGAGAUAUAAAUCACCCAUCCCUGUACACACACUCUGAAAAGCACAGGAGAGUAAAGAAGAUCAUUUCCACUGGCUGUGAAGCACUGAGCAUCCAGGGUGGGAGGAGAUGAGCCCAGAGCCCCCUUCCACCACUGGCACUGUGUCCUACUGCCACCACCACCCCUGGGGGCUGCCAGCUCAGGGGUGUCCUGGGCUGCUCCAAGCUGCCAGUCCCUGUGUCCAAACGUGCCGUGCUGCUGCAGUCACACAAGGCCAGGACUUGCCCAGAGAAUCACAGUGCAAAGGCUGACGCUCAUCAGUGAAAUCCGUGGCUGAAGGAAUGAGUCAAGUGGGAUUAGCAGCCUGAUCCCAUCCCAGGCUGCUCAGUGCCACAGGCAGCAUUGGCCAGAGGAUCCUGCUGGCCAGGAAUGUGCCACCAUGUCCUCUGGGGAGCUGAAGGAGCUGGGCACUCCUCAUCAGCCAGAAUUCACUCUCACUUCCAUGUGUGUCUUGCUUUACAGAUGGGAAAUGCGUCCAACACCUCAGAGUUCACCUCCACCUUAUCGGAGAGAGAAGACAUGAUUUUUGGCACUCUCUAUUUAGUCUUUGGCAUCAUGUCCCUGUCUGGGAACUCCCUGCUGCUGCUGGUGGCCCAUCAGAAGCGAUCCCUGCUGAAACCUGCUGAGCUCUUCAUCGUCAACCUGGCCAUCAGUGACCUGAGCAUGACGGUGACGCUCUUCCCCUUGGCCACCUCCUCCUUCUUUGCACACAGGUGGCUCUUCGAGCAGGCCGUGUGCACGCUCUACGCCUUCUGCGGGGUCCUGUUCGGGCUGAGCAGCCUGGCCAGCCUGACGGUGCUCAGCGCGGUCUGCUGCCUGAAGGUCUGCUACCCGGCAUAUGGGAGCAGGUUCUCACACGGCCACGCCGCGGGGCUGCUGCUGGCCGUGUGGGCCUACGCCCUGGCCUUCGCCGCCGCGCCCCUGGCCCGGUGGGGCAGCUACGGCCCCGAGCCCUACGGGACAGCCUGCUGCAUCACCUGGGAGGCCUCCAGCAGGGAGGCCACGCUCUACAUCCUCGCCCUCCUCAUCUUCUGCUACCUGCUGCCUUGCCUGCUCAUCCUGGCGUCCUACGCGCUGAUCCUGUGGACGGUGUGGGCAUCGCGGAGAGCCGUGAGGCGGCACACGUCCCCCCGGCGCGGGGCCCACGGCCUGCAGGGCCUGCAUGGCCUGCUCCUCAGGCUGAGCAUCGCCGUGUGCCUGGGGUUCCUGGCUGCCUGGACUCCCUACGCCGUGCUGGCGCUGUGGGCCCUGCUCGGGGACGCCAGCCAGGUGCCAGCGCUGGCCUUCGUGCUCUCGGCCGUCUUUGCCAAAUCCUCGACGCUCUACAACCCGCUGGUGUGCCUGCUCCUCAAGCCCAGCUUCCACAGGUUCCUCUCCAGGGACAGGGUUCCCCUGCGGGCCCUGCGCACCCUCCUGUGCUGCGGCUGCCGGGGCGCCGCGCUCCAGCCCUUCGCGGGCCCGGGCUGCAGGGGCCGCCCCGGCGCUCGCAGGAGCUGCAGCGAUGUUCUUGAGUGUUUCAGUAACUACCCCGGCUGCUACACUGCCCCCCGGCUGCCCGGCAGCUCGGCCCAGCCUGCGGCCCUGGCCGUGCUGGCCGGCGAAGCCGCGGGGCAGCCGGGGCUGGGGAGGACGGUGCAGGUGAUGGUGCUGCUCACGCAGAGGUGGUCAGGCCUGGGCACUGCCAGCGUGGCAGGGGAGGCCCUGCCCUCAGCCAUGGCCAAGGACCUGCUCUGAGCCCAGCCCUGCCCAGCUUUGUCCUAGCAGAACAGUGGAACACAAACACUAAGGCAGCAUUCUCUCCCCACUAUGUCCAGUAGGUCCCAGACGUUCCACACCUGAAGUGACAUGAAGAUGUCAGACCAGCCCCUCUGGUUUGGCUCCUGCAGCUCUGAGCCUGGUGUUUGCACCUGCAAGAACAAGAACAAAAAUAGACCCCAGUGCCUGAGAUGUGCCCAGGGUGCAGCCCAGGGUACAGUCUCUCCUGCAGUUUGCUCUCUGGGCCCUUGGCCUUUGUUUUUCCAACCUGGUGCUCUGAAGGCCAAGUAGGAACUUGGUUGUCUUAAAAAUUGUGCCUGGCAGGGCAGGCUGGGGGCCAGGAGGCCCCAAGGGGAAUCUACCUCUAGUGCCAGCUCCGACAGCCCUCGCAGCCACCUCCUGUCCUGCUGGGGAGUGGGACUGUCCACACAGCUACCUCAGCUGGGGUAAGGAAGCAGCUCCCUACAGGUCCCUGGGACUGCUCUCUGUGCCAGCCACUCUACCCUGCUCCCUCCUCUGGAGUGGAAGCCACCACUGUCCUACAGACAGAAAUGGGAGCCUGCCUUUAGAGCAGGGAUUUGGGGUUACAGUAAUCCUAGAGUGAGUAGUGGCAGUCCCAGGGAAUGAUCAGCAGGCAGGGAACAGCAAAUCUGAGGGCAAGCACCACUCUGGAGAACGGACAGUGGCUGCAGGGCGUCCCCAGUGCUGGGACAGUGCAGCAGCUCAUGCCAGCUGCACAGGGCAUCAGCUGCCUGGGCUGCAGCAUCCCGAAGGAUUGUGGCUGACCUUUGGAGAUCAGUGAGGGCAGCACACCCAUGGGUAGAGCCUGGGACAAAAAGGAACAAGAAGCUGUGCCAGAGCCUGGUGCAAAGCCAUCCACAGGAUAACCCCACCUGGAAAGCUCCCUGUGCCCCAUCCCCAGCCCUCCGGUACUCCAGGGGAUCACGCAGUGUCUCCACUGACCAUUCAU